AUGGAAUCCCAAUCUGAACCUUCAAAAAGUUUUCAAUCUCUUCAAGCCCUAGCUUCAGGCCCUCUCUCUUCUUCUGUUUCCUCACUCUCUUCCUCUUCUCAAACCCUUCCUUCCAAUCAAGACUUUCAUUUCUUCUACAAUUUCGAUCAAUUCAAGCUCCCCAUUGAUCAAAUCGACAAUACGUCACAUUCCUUGCUCGAAUCCAUCGGCUCAUCGGCUAAAGCCUGGGGCUCCAACAAGGCGAUUAAUUUCCCUAACAAAAUUGAAAAUAUCGCCGAUGAUGAAGCUUAUGAUUGGACGGUUAAUAUCAUCGACGAAUGCUUAGAGCGAGUCGACUUGUACACGGACGAAUUUCAAAAGAUUAGAAAGAAACAAGAGGAAACGGGUCGGGUUAACGGGGCGGAUGCGGAUACUGAUGGGUUUCAGGUGGUUCACGGGAAGAAGAAGAAGAAAGGGGCUGGUGGGUUAGUGAGAGACUCGGCUGGUGACAUAGUGGGUGGAAAGGAAUGUGGGGCUUCGAGUUCUUCUGAAGUGAAGGUGAAGAAAGGGGCGUUGGCUGCGGGGACGACGGCAAAAGCGAAGGUGCCGUUUCAUAUACCAACGAUACGGAGGCCGCAAGAAGAGUAUAAUAUACUUGUUAAUAAUUCGAAUCAGCCUUUUGAACAUGUUUGGUUGCAAAGGAGUGAGGAUGGGCAGCGUUUUGUUCAUCCACUGGAUAAGCUGUCUGUUAUGGAUUUUGUGGACACAGAUAUAGCAAAUAUUGAGCCCAUAAACCCCCCCUCAAUUGAGUCCACCCCAUUCAAGCUUGUGGAGGAAGUAAAAGAUUUGAAGGAGUUAGUGGCUAAAUUACGCAGUGUGAAUGAAUUUGCGGUUGAUUUGGAGCAUAACCAAUAUCGAUCUUUUCAAGGAUUGACUUGCUUGAUGCAAAUUUCUACCAGAACUGAGGAUUUUAUUGUAGAUACUUUGAAGCUUCGAAUUCAUGUUGGCCCAUAUCUUAGGGAAGUAUUCAAGGAUCCCACCAAGAAAAAGGUUAUGCAUGGAGCAGACCGUGAUAUUGUGUGGCUACAACGGGACUUUGGCAUAUAUUUGUGCAAUCUCUUUGACACUGGGCAGGCCUCAAGGGUUUUGAAAUUGGAAAGAAAUAGUUUGGAGUAUCUUCUGCAUCACUUUUGUGGAGUUACUGCCAACAAAGAAUACCAGAAUGCAGAUUGGAGAUUGCGUCCUCUUCCUGAUGAAAUGAUCAGAUAUGCUAGAGAAGACACACACUAUUUGCUGUACAUUUAUGAUUUGAUGAGAAUCAAAUUGCUGUCAAUGCCUAAGGAAUCUGAACACUGUGAUGCUCCUUUGGUAGAGGUCUACAAGCGAAGUUCUGAGGUAUGCUUGCAACUUUAUGAGAAAGAGCUGCUGACGGAGAAUUCAUAUCUCCAUAUAUAUGGGUUGCUGGGGGCUGGUUUCAAUGCUGAGCAGCUAGCCAUUGUUGCUGCACUUUGUGAAUGGCGAGAUAUUAUUGCCCGUGCAGAGGAUGAAAGUACUGGUUAUGUAUUGCCAAACAAAACACUUCUUGAAAUCGCCAAGCAGAUGCCUGUGACUGCUAGCAAGUUACGUCGACUGUUGAAAUCAAAACACCCAUAUGUGGAGCGAAAUCUUGGUUCAGUUGUUACCAUCAUCAGGCAUUCUAUGCAGAAUGCUAUUGUGUUUGAAGAAGCUGCUCAACAACUUAGAAUGGGGCGUGUGCUAAAUGCAUCAGAAGAACAUGUAGUAGUUAAUGAGGGAGCUAAAAUCUUACCUCCUGAGACUUCUACAGACUUGACAAUGGCAAAUGAUAAGACAGAAAUCACAGAUGGUGGCAUGGUGGGACCUGCUUGUCCACAAAAUAAUGGAAGCAGUAUUGCUGGAAGUGACAGAAACAAAAAUAGAUUCUCUUUUGAGCAGCCAAUAGCGAAUGGUCCCUCAAUGUAUGCCAGAGAAAGUCUUGCCAUCUCAGGGCAGAGUGGAGAAAUAAAUGCUUGCACAGUUAUGCCACCUUCAGCAAAGAUUGAUACUGGAGCCACUGUUCAGGUUCUAAAGAAACCAAGCCGUGGCUUUGGGGCAUUUCUGGGGAAUGCUGCCGCAAAAAAGAAAUUUGAAGCUGAUAAAAAGGACAAGGAAGAGAGUAAGUUGGAGCAGAUCAGAUCUUCAGUGAAUCUUUCAUUUCACUCAUUUUUGGGUACAGAGGAGCAGUCAAAACCUGCAGUGAAGGAGCCAAAUAGAGUUCCAGAAGUUUCACAACCUGAAGAACCUCCUGCUGUGGUAGCUACGGAGUCGACUUUAGAAGAUAUUAUAAUGUUGGAAGAUAAUUCAAAUAAAGAAGAAUCAAUUGAUGGUAGCCCGGAAGUUACUGGUACACCCGGGGGGGAGAGUUCUGUGGCACCUUCUUUUGAAACAAAUAAAGAAGAUAUGGCUAUAUCCCUAUCUGAGUUAUCUACAAGCUUCGAACAAUGCUUUGAGACCAGUAAUCAAAACAGAAAAAUGGUUAAAGUCAAGAAAUCAAAAGAACCAAGUGGUCUUCAAAUAAAGCCAUUUGAUUAUGAAGCAGCCAGGAAACAGGCUAGGUUUGGAGAAGAUGCAGAGGAAGAAUCAGGAAGCCAACUCAAUUCCGCGGGUAAGAAGAAAUGUUCAGCUGUCGGUAGGCUGCAAAUAGAAGAUGGGAGUAAACAAUUUCCGCAAGCUAGACGACGUCAAGCUUUUCCUGCAUCUGGUAAUAGAAGUGCUACUUUCCGCUGAGGAUAAAUCAUAUCCUGUAAGACAAAUGAAAAAGAAUUUUGCAUUUCAAAAGAAAGAAGCAAUAUCAAUAGAAACUGAUUGUUUUUUUCUGUCUGAUUAGCAGUGGCUCCCUCAUUAAAUUAUGCUACAUAAGAAGCUGUUUAGACUUGUUGAGAGGAGAAAUGAAAGCUAUACUUGAGAUUUUAGGAGGCUGAAAACUUCCAAGAUAGCUUAUUUAUUGGAAGUAAAUGAUUUUUAGAUUUUGGAUAAAAA